GCCCUUACCCUUUUUACCUAAUCUUAAUGGUUUGACCGUGGUCUAUAAUUUUACACGAAGUGUUUCUGGUUUUGACGCCAGCUCCCCAAGUCAAAUGGUCUGACCUGUGAAGCAGGUGUUGCUGGAUCUUGCUUGCUAUCGGCUUCCAUGGCCAACUCCAGGGUCUCACUCCUAUUGCUCACACUUCUCGCCCUUACCCUCUCCUUAUCUGCAUCUUCACCUUCGUCCCACAAUCGAGAAGAGCUAGAGACCCCAAUCACUCGCUUUCAGCAAUAUCUCAGAUUCAAAACAGCCCAUCCCAACCCCAACUAUACCGCUCCGGUCUCCUUCCUCACGGCCCUUGCCAAAUCUAUCGGUCUCGUUACUCAGUCCAUAGAAUUCACUCCUAACAAGCCCGUCCUCCUCGUAACCUGGCCAGGCUCUAAACCAUCUCUCCCUUCAAUUCUCUUUAACUCUCACCUUGACUCCGUCCCUGCUGAACCCACUAAAUGGUUGCACCCGCCCUUCUCAGCCGUCCAUACACCCGACGGGAAAAUCUUCGCCCGUGGAGCACAGGAUGACAAGUGCAUAGCCAUCCAGUAUUUAGAAGCCAUCCGCAAUUUGAAAUCAAAAAACUUUAUCCCUACUCGCACAAUCCACAUUUCCUAUGUCCCCGACGAGGAGAUUGGCGGAUUUGAUGGGGCUGCCAAGUUUGUUAACUCUAAGGAAUUUCGACACCUGAAUGUUGGAUUUGCUUUGGAUGAAGGGCAGGCCUCAGUGAAUGACGAGUUCAGAGUGUUCUUUGCCGAUAGGUCGCCGUGGAAUCUGAUAAUAAGAGCAAAAGGGAAACCUGGACAUGGGUCGAGAAUGUACGAUGAUGGGGCGAUGGAGAAUUUGAUGAAGAGUAUAGAGAUUAUUAGUAGGUUUAGGGAAAGUCAGUUCGAUGUUGUUAAGGCUGGGAAAGCAGCAAAUUCGGAGGUUAUUUCAGUUAAUCCAGUUUACUUGAAAGCUGGGAUUCCUUCCCCUACUGGCUUUGUCAUGAAUAUGCAACCUUCAGAAGCAGAAGCAGGGUUUGAUCUUAGAUUGCCUCCUACAGCAGACCCAGAUCUUAUGAAGAAAAGAAUUGCUGAAGAGUGGGUGCCUGCUAUACGUAACAUGACAUAUGAGAUAAUUGAGAAAGGGCCCUUAAGAGAUCAUAUGGGACGGCCAUUAAUGACAGCGGUGGAUGAUUCAAAUCCAUGGUGGGGAGUUUUCAGGCAAGCUAUUGCGGCAGCUGGGGGAAAACUUGCAAAGCCAGAAAUCUUGUUAUCAACCACUGAUGCACGGUUCAUAAGACAGUUGGGAAUUCCUGUUUUUGGUUUUUCUCCAAUGACAAAUACUCCCAUCUUAUUGCAUGACCAUAAUGAGUUCUUGGAGGAUACCGUAUUUUUGAAAGGAAUCGAGGUGUACGAGCAUAUAAUUAGUUCUUUGAGUUCCUUUGAGGAGGUUCACUCAACAUAGACUUUCCAAGCUGGUGAUCAAGGAGGAGAAUGUAUAAUGCACCGACUUCAACAUGGUAACACAGCUGGUAUGAUACAUAAUCUUGCUUGUGUUUAUAUCAGAAACUUUAUAGCCAUAUCUGGAUAUACACGCGUGAUCAUUGUUCACUUUACCAUUAUGGAAUGGGAAAUAAUGUUUCAUUUUGAAGCUGUUCACUUUACCAUUAUGGAAUGGGAAAUAAUAUUUCAUUUUGGAGCAA